UGGGGAAGGAGCGGCAGGGAGCAAAGGCAGCUGCUCAGAGGGGGUCGGAGCUGCCUGAGUUUUGGAAGAAGUGGCAUGUCCAGCCCCUGGGAUUGGUGAGUCCGUCCGUGGUCCCAGUGACUUGAAGGCACCGAGACGCCCUCACGCCCAGGGCAAAGCCGUGACAUUCGGGUCUCGUCUUCUCUGCUGAUCCUGGAGGACUCUCUGGAGGCCUGGAGCUCUGGCACGAUUAGGACAUCCCAGACCCCCAGAGGUGACACCUAACUGCGUGGGGAAGUGUUUCUUAGCCAGAGGAUUUCAAACACCUGGAUUGCUUUGUUUACAUCGAUUUAACUCUCAUGUCUAAUAAAGAGCUGAGAGAAAAGCUCUCCUUGGAGGGGAAUUGCAACACUCUGGCCUCUUCUGUUCAGGGCUCAGAAAGUUCCCAAAUAACUGGGCCCUCGGAGGAAACCUCCAGCAACGCCAGGAGAGAUUUCACCUUCCUUAUGCGUCUUGGAUAAACCACAAACAAGAAAAAUUGCAUUUUGGAAGAGUCCCUUGAGGUGCCUUCGCCCGCCAGAGAAAAGCGAAACAGUGACAAGCUGGGCUGGUUUCCCUUAGCAGCGCCUGUACAAUUCCAAACUUUCCUGUCCCUGCUGGCGGACACACCCUCUCGCCCAUGCUGGAGCCUUAAGAGCAAGAACUCGUGCCAGGCCCCUCCGAGCUGCCUUUCGUCAGCAUCCGAUUCUGCUUAACUGAGGCCAGGGACGCAGCUUCUGGAUAAACAGGGAGGCCCUCCAGGUCGCACUCCACCAUGUCGCUCUCUGUGCGUCCCCAGCGGCGCGCCCUUGCGGCCAGGAUCAAUAGGAGCCAGUCCUUCGCCGGCGUGAACUCGACCCAGGACAAGGCCUUCAGGAACCUGCCUCCCUUCAGCACCCCAACGGUGUCCAGGAAGACUGGCUCUCGGGUCAGGAGGAUGUUCUCCAUGUCCCACAAGUCCCCCCCACCCAAGGUGCCGCAGCCCGACCGGCUGGACGAGGUGUACGAAGCGCUCAAGAAGGGGCUGACAGCCUACCUGGAGGUGCACCAGCUGGAACUGGAGAAGCUCAGCACCCAGAUCCGCGAGUCCAAGAGGAAUUCCCGCCUGGGCUUUCUCUAUGAUCUCGACAAGCAAGUCAAGUCGAUCGAGCGGUUCCUGCGCAGGCUGGAGUUCCAUGCCAGCAAGAUCGACGAGCUCUACGAGUCGUACUGCAUCCAGCGGCGGCUCCGCGAUGGGGCCCACAACAUGGUCAAAGCCUACACCGCCGCCUCCCCGGGCAGCCGCGAGGCACGGGACAGCCUGGCCGAGGCCAGCAAGGGCUACAAAGAGUACACCGAGAACAUGUGUCUGCUGGAGAGCGAGCUGGAGAGCCAGCUGGGGGAGUUCCACGUCAAGAUGAAAGGACUGGCCGGGUUUGCCAGGCUCUGUGCUGGGGACCAGUAUGAGAUCUUCAUGAAGUACGGGCGCCAGCGCUGGAAGCUGAAGGGGCGCAUCGAGGGGAACGGGAAGCAGGUGUGGGACAGUGAGGAGAUGGUCUUCUUGCCCCUCAUCACAGAGUUCCUCUCCAUCAAGGUGACGGAGCUCAAGAGCCUGGCCAACCACGUGGUGGUGGGCAACGUCUCGUGCGAAACCAAGGACCUGUUUGCGGCGCUGCCGCAGGUGGUAGCUGUCGACAUCAACGACCUGGGCACCAUCAAGCUGAGCCUGGAGGUGAACUGGAACCCCUUCGACAAGGACGAUCAGCCCUCAGCUGCCAGCACGGUCAACAAAGCAUCCACUGUCAACAAGCGAUUCUCCACCUACAACCAGAGCCCGCCCGACACGCCCUCCCUGCGGGAGCAGGCUUUCUAUAACAUGCUGCGGCGGCAGGAGGAACUGGAGAACGGCACGGCCUGGUCCAUCUCCUCGGAGUCAUCAGACGAUUCCUCCAGCCCCCAGCUGUCGGGCAGCGCCCGCCACGCCUCCCACAAGCCCAUCGUACAGCCCGAGGUGCAGGCCUCCGCCCCCGCCAUCGAGAUCGCCUUCUCCCAGCAAGAGGAGGUGGGCGCCGCAGCCGAGCCACCCAGCCGGCAGGAGGAGCCAGGCAGUGCGAGGAAGGAGGUGGUGGCCAAUGGGCACGUGCCCUACUCCCGGACUCUGAGCCACAUCAGCGAGAGCAGCCUGGAUGCGGCAGUGGAUUGCAGGGAGGGCCCCAGCGCCCACAGGGAGCCUUCACCAGUUCCCCAGGACCCCAGCACCGGGGAGCUGCCUCCCCUGGAAACGGACGCCCUCCCCGAGGCCUCGAAGCCGCUGGUGCCCUGGACAGGGCCGGACCGGGGCCCGGAGGCUGAGGCCUGUGGGGCUGUGUCUCAGGCCGAGGCCUGUGAGCCUGUGGUGGGGCGGGCUGAGGCCACUGUGUGCCAAGCUCUGGGGCCGCAGGAGCAUGAGGUCUCCCCGGGCCGGCCAGUGGUGCUGCAUCCAGUCUCAGAGGAGAGGGGGAGGCUGGCCCCAGCCCAGCCCCUGCCCCUGCCCCUGCCCCCCAGCCCAGCAGAGGUGCCAAGGCCCAAGCCUGUGGACUGCGGCCUGGAGGAGGCCAUUGGCUCGCUGGGCUCGGCCCUGGACGACUAUCGGGGGCAGUUCCCCGAGCUGCAGCCGCUGGAGCGGGAGCUGAAACGCCUGGAGGAGAUCCUCAUGCACAAGCAGGGCGUCUUCCUGAGCCGCGCCUCCAGCAUGAGCCUGACGGUGGAGCACGCCCUGGAGAGCUUCAGCUUCCUCAACACCUCGGACAUGGACGACUCGGAGGGCUCGGAGGAGGAGGCCAGCCGGAGCGAGCGGAGGGCUGGCGGGGCCCGUGCUGCGGGUGGGGCAUUGGGAGGCUGCGAGGUGACGGCCGAGGACACCGGCACGUGCAGCGGCUCCGAGGGCAGCUCUGACCCCAUGAGCACUGGCAAUGAGUUCCUGGACAGGGCCGUGGUGCUGCACCUCAGUAACUGCAACCGCCUGCUGCUGAAACUGGGCACAUUUGGGCCGCUGCGGUGCCGGGAGAUGUACGCCCUGGACAAGCUGAUGAGGGAAGCGCAGGUUCUGGAGAUUGUCUGCCAGCUGACGGAGGAGAAAUCGGGGGCGGCCAACGCUGCAGCGGAAGUGGUGCAGUUCUCCACCCGGAAGGAGGGGGUGCUGGCCUUCUGGGACCGCUGCGUGGAGCAGCCCAAUGUGUACACCUGCCCCGUGGAGCGGUUCCUGCGCACCCUCAGUGCCCAGUAUGCAGCGCCCGUGGCUGAGCGGCAGCUGGGCCUGGCAGACUCAGUGUGCGUGAAGCUAGUGGAGGAUGUGCUGGACCGGCGGCUGCCCAAGCGCCCCGGGAGCAGCCAGGGUGAGCAGCUCACUAUCUUCCAGUACUGGAGCCACUUUGAGUCACUCCCCGUGUCUACACUGGAUGCCUACAUCAUGGAGCUGGCUGAGGAAGUGCUGCUGGCCCAGAGCCUGAACUCGGACGACCAGGAUGUGGUGCUGAAGGCGCUGAAGCGAGUGCCCGAGAGCCGGCUCAAGAAGGACGGGCUGAAGGCCAUGAGCUCGCUGCUCAUCGAGGGGAACAGCAAAGUCGUCAGCGCCGUGUCCGCCCAGCUGCGCAGCCUCGCCGAGAACCCUCGCUUCCGGGAACGGGCCCUCGUGUGGUACUUGGAGCAGCUGGAAGAUGAAGAGGCGCAGAUGCGAAUCGCCAGCUGCGCAGCCCUGGGGUGUCUCAAGGCCAAAGAAAGCAUCGAGCAGCUGGUGUAUCUGUGCCAAACGGACAAGGAGGACGUGCGGGAGGCAGCCAAGCAGAGCCUGAUGCUAUGCGGGGAAGAUGGUAAAUCGGCUCACCGGCGGCUGGAGGAGACUCUGAACAGCUUCCCGAGGAUCUUCGCGCCAGGCAGCAUGGCCAGCACAGCCUUCUGAGACACGCUGGCACUAACACACUUGUGAUCCCUUUGGGGUGAAGGCACCAGGGAGCUGCUGGAGGCUCUCUCAGCCUGGGCCCAGCUCCCAUCCCUUGGGACCAUGCAGCAGUAUUAGUACCUCCCUGCCAGCCCGACACACCCCACUCACUGCCUUACGGGGCACAGCUUUCCCUCCCCCCGGCACUGUGCCAGAGGGGCUGCUGGGCCCACCACCGUGGAGACGUGGGGCUUCGGACACUCCCCUCCCCUCCAACUUGCUUUUCUAUUUCAACUUGCUAGGUGGGGCCAGAGCUUGUGUGCCCCUGCUGGAGCCUGGGUGGGCCCGUGAAGUCUGCAUUGGGACUCCUUCCAGUAGCUCGCAGGCUGCUCCGACUUCCCCAGAUGGACAUGCACUUUGAGACAAUGUUGUUCCUUUCCGGGAGCUCCCUUUGCUGUGGGCACCGUCCUCCUUCAGCGCCUGGAGUCCCCGGGACUCAAAUAAAAGGAGACAUAGAUAUUAA